CGGCGAUCGUAACGGCAGUGCAGUACCGGAGCCCGUCGUCGUUCCACACUCGUUACCGCGUUAGUGGUCCACGCACCUGAAAAGCCGUCGUCGCGCGAUCGUGCGGGGUGUCUUAAAUAAAAAUAAACCCGUAAACGUUCUAUUCGAGUGCCGCCGUGUCCGUCUCGCGUCUUGUGCCGAUCAUAAUAUUGUAAUUUGUUCGCUGAUCUUUUUUUUUUUUUUCCGUUUAGAUAUAUAAUUUAUUUUUGAACUACGGUACACAUUAGACGUGAAAAGAUUGUUCCUUCCCGCCGUGUUCUGUUCGCCCUCGUUUGCGGUGUGUAUUUUACAGUAUUUCGAGUAUAUGACGUAUUGUGCGAACCAUGAUAAUGAGCAACGAAAACCAAUACCUGAGACCGGAUUAUUUAACUCCUCUUCCGUCGCUGGACGCUAAAAACAGCCCGCUGGCGCUGUUGGCGCAGACGUGCAGUCAGAUCGGAUCGGACGUGCCGACGCCGCCGACGAACGGCAAGUCGAACGCGGACAAAAGCGGCGGCGGCGGCGGCGGCGGCGGCGGCGGCGGCCAUAACCACAAAAAGACUUCGUCCUCGUCGCUAUCGUCGCUGUCGUCUUCGUCGUCGUCUUCCGACCACGGUGGCGGCCGGGACAAGCGUUCGCCGUCGCUGUCUUCGUCGUCGUCGUGCUCGAACAGCGCAUCCCCGCCGGGCCGCUCAACCACUACCAUCGGCCACCAUCAGCCAACCGCGCCCGUCGUCACCACCACCACGGCCCGGUCCAGUUUCAAACCGUACGAGUCGUGCGUGUUGCGGCCCGCGUCCGAGGUGGCGGCCGCCGCCUCUGCCGUGGCCGUGGUCACCUCCGCGGCCUCCGUUGGCGGAUCGGCCGCGGCUACAGCCAUCAGCUUGGACGCGACCAUAAGACGAGCGACGCCAACGAUCGGGUCCGCGGCCGACCGGUGCAGCAGUAAGGAGAGCGCGUCCAGCCGCAAGUCGCCCGCCGAAGACAGGAAACACGCGACGGGCGUUGAACAACAGCACAAAUCGCAUCACCCCGCCACGUCGUCUUCUUCGUCGUCAGCCGCAUCGGUGGCCGCGCUGAUGGCCGCGGCCGGGUACCCACCGUCACCGCACCUCCAUCACCAUCACCUGCAAGCACCGACCCACCCACAUCACCAUCACCACAUGGCCGCGUUGGCCGCCUCGCCACUGAUGAGCCCCUACUACAGACCGGGCGCGGCCGCGCCGCCGUUGCCGUGCCGCGAUCCAUAUUGCGCGGGCUGCCAGCUGGCCGCUCAUCUGGCCGCCGGCAAACCGCAGCAGUUGCCGCCGCCGACGCCGCUGCCGCCGUCGCCCGCGGCCGCCUGUCCGUCCGGUUGCGCGCAAUGCGACGCUAGUCCGAAAACGGCCGCGCACCAAACCCACAAUCACCACCACGGUGUUGCCACCGCGCACCAUCACCAGCAACAGCAGCAGCAACAGCAACAGCAGCAGCAGCAGCACCAACAGCAACAGCACCAGCAACAGCACCACCAUCAUACAAUGGCCGCGGUGUACGCGCACGCGCAGCUGGCCGCGUUGGCCGCGGCCGCGACCCAACUGCCGUACGUGUGCUCGUGGAUGGGCGCCGACCUGCCGUCGUACUGCGGCAAGCGGUUCGGCACGUCCGACGAGCUGCUCCAACACUUGCGCACGCACACCGCCGACCCCGCAGCCGCUCUGCCGCUGCUGCAGCGCUCGUACCCCACCCCGCCGCUCAGCCCAUCCGCGGCCAACCGGUACCAUCCGUACGCUGCGGCCGGCAAACAUCACUCGCCGUACGGCUACCCGUCCGGUUACCCCCCGUCCUCCCCGCUGGCGCUGCCACCGCACCCCGGCCUGUUGCCGCCGUACUUCCCGGCCGUCGCUUACUCGCCGUACGCCGCGGCCGCACCGCGACUCGGUACCUCACCGCACACUUAACCGAGUAGCUCCGACCGCGGUUGAUUUUCGGUUACGAUUUUCUACGUGACGUUCCGGACGAUAUAGUUUUACGUAUGAGAGUUGUUAUAUAGAUGAUUAGAGCGGCGUUUUGUUUUAUUUCGUAUUUUUCGGUUACGUAUUAUUAUUAUUAUUAUUAUUAUUAUUAUUGUCGCUUCUUUUUCUAUUACCGUAUGCGUUAAGUCUUGUGAAUUUUUUUUUCAAUUCAAAACAAAAUAGAUACGCUUUUCAAAUCGUAUUACCUAUACGUUUACUUAAUAUAUUUAUAUAUAUAUAUAUAUAUAUAUAUUAUAUUAUUUUCUAUUUUUUUUUUUUUUGUUAUCGAUUUCGUUACCUUGUUUUUUUUCUUUUUUUGUUAAUUGGUUUUAUUAUUUAAUAUUAUUAUUAAUGUCAGAAAUGAAAAUUACUCGAACCGUAUGGUAAUGAUGUGUAGUAAUGACAUGUAUAUGGAUUUAUUGUAAAAUAUUAUAUUAUUGUAAAUAUAUGUACCGAUUUCAACGGAAUAUAAUAGAAAUAAUAUAAUAA